AAGGAGUAGGCCAUAUGGGCGACUCAGUUCUGGAUCCUCGCAAGUGGUUGGAGUUUGAUCUCAAGCCAGGAUUGGGAAGGUGUUGAGUUUAAGCAGAGCUGGGAAGGGUUAGAUGAAGAAGACGAGGGAUGCUGGAAGAGUCCUGGGUGUAGAACCGUUACCGACCUGGCGAGUUGGGCAAUGAAUGAGACCAUAGGUUGCAGGCCUGCACUGACAUGUUCUGCCAGACGAGUCCAGGGUCCACGUCCCCGGCCAGGAGGCAAAAUAAGGAGAUCAAGGAGACCAAAAUCACUAUCAACUGCGUCACAUUCCCUGUGUCCACAUCCACACCGGAGCAGGAGCUUCUCAAGCCCAAUGAAUGGAGCUACUGCGACUAUUUCUGGACCGAUAAGAGAGACCUUCAGGGGGCCACAGUGACCGGCUUCGAGGUGCUGCUGCAGAAACAGCUAAAGGGGAAGCAGAUGCAAAAAGAGAUGGCAGAGUUCAUCAGAGAAAGGAUAAAAAUUGAAGAGGAAUAUGCCAAGAACCUUUCCAAACUCUCCAUGUUCCCUAUGGCAGCACAAGAGGAAGGGACUCUUGGAGAAGCUUGGGCUCAACUCAAGAAGAGUCUAGCAGAUGAAGCCGAAGUUCAUCUCAAGUUCUCCUCAAAGCUCCAGAGUGAAGUGGAGAAGCCUUUAUUAACUUUCAGAGGAGACAACUUUAAAAAAGACAUGAAGAAAUAUGACCACCACAUUGCUGACCUGAGAAAGCAGCUGGUCAGCCGAUACGCUGCAGUGGAGAAGGCACGGAAGGCUUUAGCAGACCGACAGAAGGAUCUUGAGGUGAAAACCCAGCAGCUUGAGAUCAAAUUAAGCAACAAAUCAGAGGAAGAUAUAAAGAAAGCCAGACGAAAAUCCACACAAGCAGGUGAUGAUCUGAUGCGCUGUGUGGAUCUCUACAAUCAGGCUCAGUCCAAGUGGUUUGAGGAGAUGGUCACCACAAGCAUGGAGCUGGAGAAGCUGGAGGUGGAGCGGAUAGAGAUGAUCCAGCAGCAUCUGCGUCAGUACACCACACUGCGGCACGAGACAGACAUGUUCAACCAAAGUACACUGGAGCCAGUGGAUCAGCUCCUGCAGAGUGUGGAUCCAGCAAAAGACAGAGAGCUUUGGGUGAAGGAGCACAAGACAGGAGAUCGGAGACCUGUGGAUAUGGACAUCUAGACCAUACAUGCACACUCACACAGACACAAACACAAUAUGAAUCUACCUGCAUGCCUGUUUUCCUGAGUACUUCAACCUCUCAGCCAAAGCCAUACAGGUAUCACCCCUUGAAGCAUUACAAAAUAUAAGCUUUACAGAAGACUUUUUAAAUGUUAUAAUGUCAAGAGUAGUGGGAAGGAACAGCAGUGCGUUACAGUUUUUUUAGUAGCCAUUUUAUCCUGCAUGUCCAAAUUUAUUAUGCUACUUAAUACUUCAGAGUGUUUAUUACUGUACGUGUAACAUCAUUACAAUAGACAUCAGUGCUAUAGAUCGGAAAAGCACUGUAAAAGUAAAGCACCUGUUUGUUUGUUUAUUUGCUUCAGCAGAUGCCUAUAAAGUGGAUUACAUCGAAUCAGAUUUUAUUUUGAAAUGUUGUGAAGAAAGUGAACUAAAUAGCUAAUUGUAGAUAUAUGGGUCAAAGAUGAGGAGCCCCAUUUAAAGUUAGUUGUCUAUAUUAAUGUUUCAAAUAAUUUAAAUUAAAAAGUCAAAAUAUAUUCAGUUUCAUUCAUUACUUGUGUGUUUUAUAUUUGUAUAAAAUUCUGACCUGUUUUCUGAACAAUAAUAAUAAUAAUAAAA